UUGCUAGAACCACCAAAAGGGGAAAAAAAGGUGUUUUUUAAAGACAUUUCUAUGAUUAAAAACUGAGGUAUGUUUAAACAGAAGAUUUAGAUGGCUCAGAGUUCUCUAAGCCAAACAAUUGGUUCUUUUUCGUGCUAUUUUCUCUACUAAUGGUUUAGUGGUUAAGCCAAGAUGAAGGCAGCGUCGCUAGGAGCCGCGUGUGAUUCUGGCAGUGCCACUGGUGGUCUCUGCAUUGCAGACUCAGUCUGUAAAUAAUUUUUUUACAUGGGAAGGGUAUUUUAAUUUUCUGUUGAUCUGGGCAGAGCAGAGAGCCUACAUCAGGCCUCUGUUUUAGUUAUGGCAUACCACCAAAUUUCUUUACCCACCUGCUUCAGAGCCUGAGCUUCUGGAAGUGCUACAAGCAGCACAGACUUUUCUCCUCCCAGAUCUUCCCAAAGGCUGUUCCUCUUGUUCUCAGUAAAUGCCAGGCUCCUCCCCACCCCUCUGCGGAAGGUUAGUAAGAUGUGGGGUAAAAUGCCUCGGGCCAUCGAUGCAGCCUGCCCAGAUCUGUCUGCAGAGCCUUCCUGCUGCCGCCCAGCUCGGUGUCACCUGCAAACUCACUGAGGGCACGCUCCAUCCCCUCAUCCAGAUCGUUGAUAAAGGUAUUAGGCAGAACCGGCCCCAACACUGAGCCCUGGGGAACCCGCUCGUGACCGGCCGCCAGCCGCAUUGCCAAGCUCUAGGUGGUCAAAACACCCCCUGAUGCACAGAGCCACCCCACCGCCUCCUUCCUUGCCUGUCCCUUCGGAAGGGUUUAUAGCCAUCCUCUGCAGCACUGAGUCAGCCCACCGGGUUUCCGUGACUGCAACUCUUUCGUAGUUCUCCAGCUGCACAACGGCUUCAGCUCCUCCUUGUUGCCCGUGCUGCGUGCGUUGCUGCAGGUGCACUUCAGUUGGGCUAUUGACCCUGCCACCUUUUUUUUCAGGGAGAAGCCCUGAUUCCCAUGCGACCGUCCUCAGGCACUGCCGUGGCUUCUAACACAUCGACAACCUUUGCGUCUUUGCUGCCGUGUGGGUCUCCAUCCCCUGCCCCCACGGAGAUGGCUGCGGUGCUGCGCAGAUCAGUACGGGGGCAUUUCAAAUGCACUCCAGUGUACUCAGCACAGCGUGGGGCAGACGGAAGGACCCUGCUAGCGCGCCGUCCCUCAUAUGUUGGCGUGCCACCCCCAGGCUUAUCUCUAGCGAGCCUGGUUUUAUCCCUUUCCCCUUUCAAACCUAGUUUAAAGCUCUUUCAAUGAGUCCUGCUAACUCCUGUGCAACGAUGCUUUUCCCCCUUUGAGACAGGUGUACCCCGACUGUUGCCAGCAGGCCUGGUGUUGUGUAGACUGACCCAUGAUCAAAAAACCCAGAAUUCUGCUGCUGACACCAGGCUCGGAGCCAGGUAUUGAUCUGCUGGGUCUUCCUGUUUCUCCCCUCAUCAUUCCCUGCAAUGGGAAGGGUGGAGGAGAUCACUGCUGCUCCCUUAACCAGCCGUCCCAAGGUCCUGAAGUCUCUCUUGAUUGCCCUUGGACUUGUUCUUGCAGCUUCAUCACUGCCUACCUGAAAAAUCCAUAAUGGACAGUAAUCUGAGGGCCGUACCAGGGUCGGAAGCUUUCUCUUCACAUCUUUAACCCGGGCCCUGGGGAGGCAGGAGACCUCCCUGAUAAGUGGGUCCAGUCUGCAUAUUGGGCCUCCUGUUCCCCUCGGGAGAGAGUCUCGCAUGACAAUGACCCAUUGUUUUUUCUUUUUGGAGGCAUUUCUGAGGCCAGGCACAGACCAACUUAACCUCAGCAACACCUCCAAGCGACGUGAACCGUCCUCGUUACUGUUCGGUUCCGCUUGCAGAGCCUCGUACCUAUGGUGCAAGGGCAGCCGGGAAGGCGGGGUGGGCACGGGGGAGACGCGCCUGCUGGGCCGGGCAGGAACCUGUCGCCGCUGCCCCCAUCCCGUCGGUCACCGCGUUCAGCCAGGUGGAGAGAGGACAGGGUCUGUACAGCAGGGACCUCUCCCUAGGAAAACGAGGAAAGAAACUUUAGAAACUGGAGUCAGGAAAGGCACGUCGUUGGCUCUGCAGCCAGAGAUCCGCUGGAUUUAACCUAAAACGUGGGAGCUAAUGCAGCAGAAGGACUCGUAGCUCCAGUCGCGUGGGGUGGGAGCUGUGAUUUGGACAGACCGUCUUGGCCGGCCAGAGACCCAUCCUGGGGGAGCUGGUGUGGCUGGGGGGAGCCCUCUGGGGUGCGGCGGAGGCUCUGGUGCGGUUUCACGGUGGGCCAGGCAGGUUGUUCUGCGGGGCGGCGGGAGGGAGUGGAGCUGGGACCUGCGGAGCGAUGGCUCUGUGCUGGGAAAGCAAGGAAGGGCCAGAUGAGUCCUGGGUCCUGCUUCUUUCCCCCUCCAGGCUUUCUUUACCAAGGCCCUUCCAGCGGGACUGAGGUUUCCCUGAAACCUUGUGUGCUCUUUGCCACCAGGAGAAAUCGGUUCUGCAGAUGGGCUCCCUGGACAGCGAGGAUGGAAGUGAGGCGCCGCUGCAGGUACCAAACCCCCUCUGGCUCCAGAGGGAGCCCGGGGAGCGGGCGCCUCCCGGAGCAGGAGCAGCUCGCUGGGGUGCAGGCAGUGGGAACGGGUGAAAGGAACCUCCCUGUUGGCACCGGGCUGCCUGCCCCCCUUGCUCCUGACACUGAGGCUUGCUCCGCUGGAAGCAGAUGACAACUCUUCCAAAGAAAUGUUCUAAAUAGUUGUGUCACUGCGGGUGGACGUUGUAUUUUUAAGGAAUAAACUUUUUUUUUUUUAAUGGGCAAAUCUUGGCCCUGCUGCUUUGUUUUCUCACCUAGCUUGUGUUGCCUGCUAGAGAAAAGGAGGUGCUCCACCCCAGGUCCCCUGCCCACGUGGGACUUUGCUGUCCUUGUAGCGAUGAAUUUAAGGUCCACGACCUCCUCCUUCCUUCUUCAGAGCAGAUGGAGUUUUCUAAUUAUGGCAGUGUUUGACGUGGAUGUCUAGCGCAGCUCGGCAGCACCAGUUUAUACUCGGUGACAAAGACGGGCAGUGAGGCGAGGCACGGAGAAAACGGGGCCUGGGCAGCCCCCACAAAGGUGCCACAGCCUGCAAAGGGGGUUCCCGUGCAAUGGCUGCGCAUGUCGGAGGAAGCUGCAAGCCUGGCUGUGGUCUCCAAACGCAGCUGCUGCGGGGAAGGAAGCAGGUCGGGUGGGGGCAACCGGCGCCCGCUGGCUCAGGGGAGGCAGAGAUCCCUCGGGCAGCAGGCAGCGGCAGAGCCGGGUCCGAAACCAACAGGGCUCUGCACCACGUCCUCAGCUCAGCUUCUCCCCCAGCUGUGGCCAAGGCUGCAGCGGGGCUGGGCAGAGCCGGGGCAGUGUGGCUCUGCCCAGGGAAUGCGCUGUUGCACCCCGGGCAUCACCGUGUCGCGGACCAGGAGCUCAGCUGCGCUCCCCGAGGUGCUCUGGGCGUGUUAACGUGCCAGGAGAUGCCAGUUUUGGGUGUUAACAGAUGUCUCGCGGGUUGCUGUAGAUUUGCAGGGCUCUGUUUGGUCUGUAACCCAGCACGCCAUACAAGAUGCUGGGUGUCCACCUAUGCCGCCAGGUCUUCAACGCCAGAGCUUUGCAGGGCGCCCCUGCGGCCCCCCCCAGACCCAUCGUGGGUGCGGAGGGCCGCCACGUGCCUGGCCCAGCCUGCCCAUGCCCGACCGCGCUGAAGGUCUGGUCAGUGUAAAGAAGCUGCGAUGGAGCGGUUGAGAGGUCUGCGUGCUGAGGCGAGGUGAGAACCAUCCCCUGGCCCCCAUCGACCAGCACCCAGGCAGCAGAUUCCCCGUUCAGGUUCCAUCUGCCAGAAGAGCUGAUGCUUCGGGAGGUGUCCUAGUUACUGCCAGGUAAGACUGUGGGACAAGCAUGGGGACGGAGGGUAGAUUGAGCAAUGAUCGAUCCCCUGCCAAGGCACGAGCACUGUCAUGCGUGGGAAGCGCUCUUCCUUCCAUCUAACCUUGCCCUCUCUCUCCACACAGUGUUUCUGGCUCUCAUUUCUUUUGGCAGAAAACUCAUGUUCUCAUCACCCCUCUCCUCCCCUCGGCCGUGUUCGGCUGCAGCGUCUCCUCUCCGUCACUUCUCCGCUUCUCCUCCCGCCAGCAGGCAGGGAAGGUUCUCCCAGCCGCCCUACAGGGCUGCGCGAGACACGGUGGAGAAGCUGCUUGAAAACCAUCCUCUUGAGGGAAGAGAAGGGAGCCCAGGCUGCCGCUGGCUGUGCUGCGAGAGAACACGAGGAAGGUUUCCUCCUCGCCCCAAAGCAGCCGCAUCCUCCGUGGCUCCGCUCUGACCAUCCCUCCCGCUCAGGCAGGGGCUGUGAACGUGGGCUCUGCCCAGAGCUGUGAGCUUCGCCUGCAGAAGGGUGAUUUCCUUCGGUGUGUCUGUCCCAGGGGCUUGUCUGUCCAUCGGCAGCAUCGGCUGGCAGCGGAGCUGCGCCCAUCCUGCUGGGAGGGUCCUGCUCAGGCACCGCGUCUGCUCGUCCCUCCUUUCUGGUCUGGCAGAAACGCGUGAGGUGUCGCUGGCGAGUGGAGGCGUUCCUGCCUCUCUAAACCAGCGUUUUACCUGUGCCCUUCCCCACCCAGGCUGUCCCGGGGCGCUCCUGGCCCAGGAUCUCUGCUUGCAAAGCUUCGUAGGACCAGUUAGUUAUUUUAGUUUAAGACCGACCUCCUGCAUUCGGCACCGCUGAGACAGUAAAUGAAAUAUGGUCCUGAAGGGCCGCUUCUUCCUUCUGUAGAAUUUUUUUUCCUGCAGGUUGAAAGUUAUAAAAAGCCCUGUAUUGCGUUCGGGGCUGAUGGCGGAGCCUGGCUCGGGAGGGAGCGCGUGGAGGGGCAGAAAGCUGAGGGGCGGCCAAAGCGAGCUGCAGAGCCUAAAGAAAAGCUUCUGAAGUUGUUUAAUAAUUUAAUAAUGAAGAAGCCCCUUUUCACGCCAGACAUGAAUGCCUCCGUGGGCUGUGCCUCGCCUAAAAUCUAAGUGGGUAUUGUGACUCUCUGGCCCCUUCGCUGGCGCGUCCCCCCGAGCUCCAAACCCCGGGGGGGUCAGUGCUACGCCUGGCUGCCUGCAGGAUUAGCUGCCAGGCAAGCAGGGUUGCACCAGCCCCUCCUGGGUGAUUUACCCCCGAGUCCAGUGUGCGAGACAGUCGUGGGCACCUGGGUACCCCGGUUUUAGUCGUCCCGAGGUGUUGAGCUGUGCCAGGCUAUGCUGCAUCCCACGUCUGGCACCACGUCCGUGCUGAGGCACGUGGUUUUUGUAAUAAAUGCCCAAUGUUUCAAGAAUAUCUUUGCCGUUAGCUGAAUUCCUUUUUUGGUGGGCCCUUCUGGGGAGUUCAUAACAACUCUUUUUUUUUUUUUUUUUUUUUUAAUUUCUGUAACUUUCUAAAUAUCUUUAGAAAUUGAAAACCUGGCCGAAAGACAGAGGUGGGCAGUCAGUGCUGUGCUGAGGCUGAUACAAGAGCCUGCGUGGGCUGCCUUGUCGCACUCCGGGGUGUUCUCACCCUUAUCACCGGCUCUAGGCGAUUUCCAGGCAUUUAUUUUUCACUGUUGCCUUAAAGCCCUCCUUGGGAGCGCUCCUUUCAGAGCCUGUACUCUGACCACAUCUUUUCUGUGCGCACGCCCAUAACCUUGCUCCUCUUUUUCAUAUACUGCUGCUUUUUGCUCUUUGGACCGUGGCGGGGCUCGCCGGGUGCCGGGGGGGCGUCGCGGGGCGCAGGCUGCGGCGGGCUGGGGGCAGGAGGAGCGGCCGCAGCCCCUCGGCGCCGGAGCGGGCACCCAGAGGACCUUUAUCUCAGCUCUUCUGCCAGGAUAAAGCACCAAAAUGCAGCCCCUGCACCUGCACAGCCUUUCGGAGCUGGAAAGAGCCACUCUGCAAGAGAUUGCUCUCUACCAGCUGCAGGAGAAGCUGCUCGUUGGAGACCUCAGCCUGGCUAAAGUUGGACCUAAAGGCAGUAAAUCUAUCCGCCAGAAACUGGAGAGCUUUUCGAAGGAGAAGAAAGACUGCUCUCCUCAGACUUUCGGGAUCCCGCUCUUCCAAGUCAUCGCCAACGACCGCGCCUACAAGCAGCUGCAGGAGGCAGUGAAGAAGAGCCGCCGGCUCUGCCUGGAGGUGGAAGCGACAGUGACAAGAUUUCGGGCUCAGAGGCAGAAGAGGUGCCCGAUGAGCAGGACCUUCGGGCGGGGACUCUGCUGGGUCUUCCCGGAGGAGCCGCUUUCCCCAGCUUUCGUCUGCAACAGCUCCUGGAGCCAGCGAAGGGGGGCAAUGUCCGUGGACUGCAUCACCGACCUGAGCGACAACACUUCCAGGCUGCUGGAGGCACUGCAGUUGUCACACCCCCACGAGCUGGAUGCACGGAGAAGCCUGGGCAAGAAAAAGAUGUUGAGCCUCAACCCCAUCACCCAGCAGGUCCCGCGGAUUGUGGACAGAUGUUGCAAACACAUUGAAACACACGGUCUCCGAACGGUGGGCAUCUUCCGGGUUGGGAGCUCCAAGAAAAGAGUUCAGCAGCUGAGGGAAGAGUUUGACCGAGGACUGGAUGUUUUCCUGGAUGAGCAUCAAAGCGUUCACGAUGUGGCUGCUCUGCUCAAAGAGUUUCUUCGGGACAUGCCGGACUCACUGAUUCCCAGGGAGCUCUAUGCAGCCUUCCUCGGCACCGCCUCCAUGGAGGGCCCGGCACAGCUGGCCACCCUCCAGCUGCUGCUCUUCCUGCUGCCCCCCUGCCACAGCGACACGCUGCACCGGCUCCUGCGGUUCCUCGGCGAGGUGGCCCGGCACGCCGAGAGCUCCUGGGGCCCCGACGGCCAGGAGAUUCCUGGGAAUAAAAUGACAGUUUCAAACUUGGCCACCAUCUUUGGUCCCAACAUCCUUCAGAAGGAGAAGCCUGGGGAGAAAGACGCUGGUGCCAUGAAUUUUGAAGACAGCGCUGCCAUCAUACUGGUGCUCCAGAGGCUGAUAGAGCACCACCAGACCUUGUUCAUGGUCUCUCCAGAAAUGCAACACAACAUCCUACGGAGGCUAUUUCAGACAGACCCCGAUGUCAUCGACUACCUUCUGCGCAGGAAGUUCAACGCCGUGCCGAGCGCAGAGAGUGAGGAUUCAACAGAGGAGCACGCGCCGUCCCCGCGGCCGGGUCGGACCAGCAUCCUGGAGAGCGGCUCGCUCUCGUCCGAGCUGUACAGCAGCAUCUCGUUCCUAAACCUGCACGUCAGCAUCUAGCAAGCCUGGGCCAGGCCCUCCGCACUGCCUUCUGUAGGUGAAACUGGGCCACCUUUCCCCAGCAAAACUAAGUCUUCUGCCCCACUUUGGAGGAGCGAAGAGGUGAAGGGAGCGUGAGCCCCUGCGGGAGCAUCUUUGCUGCCAGGAGGCACGGCGCGUCGUUCCGCUGUAGGCAGACCCACAGCAGGAGAGGCGCUGCAGGCUGCCGGCAGAAGCCUUCCGCGCGGGGGCUUGGGGCCAGAUGGCAACCAAGAAGCCCGCGUGCUCGUGCAGCGGCUGCGCGCCCGCGGUUGCGUAGGCAGCGCUGCGCCCAGGGGAGCGUGCGCGGGGAGCGAGCCGGGGAGCCGCUGGCGCGUGCUGCAGCCCGCCCGCAGGGCGCAAGGGCUGCAGUGCCCUCCGCGCAGCGCUGCCUCCGCGGUCCGCGGCUUCGCAGGAGAUCGGGGCGUGAGACUUCUGCCCCCAGGGCCGUGCGUGAGCUCACGGCUCCGGGUUCGCAGCACGCUGCGUGGCAGCACAGGCGGGGACUGGCUUCGUGGCAUCCCUGCCCGGCGAGGACGACCUCUCCCCUCCGAAUGACCACCAGCCCCGUGCACUGGGGCAGCGAACUGGUGCGGGCUGCGGAGCAGCAGGGAGGUGUCUGACACCUCGUGCCGUGCUCGGUGGACGGGACUCUGUCCAAAAUAGACCCCAUGCGGUGUGCCUCCAGGCGUUCGCUGGGCUCUGGUGGGGCCGGCGGGGAGCAGCGCCCUGGGGCUGAGACCCCCGGCACAGACUGGGAGGCACAAGUGGAUGGGGACUGUUAGCGGGGCGGUGAGGAUGGGGAAUGGGCUUCAACUUGGUGCAGCUGGUGCUUUGGGAUCCCGUUUACCGUGAGUAGUUGUAUCGCAGGCGUGUGCCGAGAGAAAGCUCUCUUGGAGCUACAGGAACGCCCGUGGAGCUAAGGCAACCUCACCAUCCUUGCAAAGCAAAGACACCUGGCCUGCCGGGCUCAGAAUGAAUCACAGCUUUCUUCUCUGAACCCAGGCUUCAAACUGCUCAUUUUAUAGACAGAAACCGCUGUAUCAACCCCAAAAUGUACGGCUGGUGUAGCAGGAGGGAACAAUAUACUCUGAGGGUUAUAAACUUCAAUUUUCCUAGAGUUAAUAAUUACUAAGUAGAUCUUCUAAUGUAUUUGACGGAUUAUGGUGUCUUUUCAUGAUCUUUGGCUGAGAAAUGCCUGGUUUGGCUUGUUCCUCCUGCUCAGGCACUGGAAGUCACUGCCAGUUAUGUGCAGACGUGCAUUGCUAGCUGGGAUGGCAGAAUGAAAGUUAUCAGCAAAUAUUUUCUGUUGUUUUCUUUCCAUUUACUCUGCCGGACGUGGGCUGGCGGCCCCUUACCCAGUAGCCGCCGUGGCCUGGGUUGCCCCUGGGUGAAAGAGUGGUGCAGGGAGGGAUGCUCUGGAGAAAGCUCAGCUUCGGGCGGGCCGGUCCAGCACGCGGAGCCGCAGCCAGCGCGACGGAGGGCGAAAAGUCAGUGUGCGUGGAAGGGGAAGUCAAAGACGAAGAGACAGCAAAAGAGGUCGUGUAUUUUAUAAUCCCUUGGCUUGAAAUGCCAAUUGGCACGUUCACAGUUUGGCUCUUACCUCCAAGGAAAUGCAGUUGAAGAGUGCCGAGAAGAGGGCAGGCAGGUGGGGAGCUGGUGGGGGACGUCAUGGGGGGAGAACUGGUGCCCAGAAGAGUGCUGGUGUAGAAAACUAGGGCAGACAAGUAGGGGAGGAAGGCGGGUAGUGCUGGAGAGCAGCGGGGCGGAAAGAAGACAGGAAUGAGCUAUGCCAGGGUUUUUUAGUGUUGGGGGCAGAUGGAUCUGGUGUCGCAGCUCCUCUUGUUUGGACCGCCUGAAAUCAGCUGCAAAUCCGUCGCUUUUGUUCUGGAGAAGCCAAGAAAUACACUCUGGUGAUUAGAGAGUUGCUUAUUCUCUGUGAAUUGUGGCAAAAAUGUCUGGCAAAAAACUCAGGGCACGGAGAGUUUAGCUUUGCAGUUGCUUCCUUUUGUUGCUCCAUUGGUCUCCAUCUGUCUGUCAUCCUGGGUUGUAUUUAGACAGCAGAGUUUCUCACGUGACAGAAAUCGCUGUUCCACGAUGGAUUUAAUUGUCUGGUUUCCUGUAUGACUCUGAAACUCCCCCAGACUCAACCUUUGCAGAGACCUGAUUGAAAUUUAUCUCCGUAGACGUUCCUGGCCCAUUGCUACGAGCUCCUCGCCACAGCUGCCGUACGCUGACGUGCGGGCAGAGCUGCUUUUUUAUUUCUUGUUGUGGUUUAAAAUGUUUCUGUUUACACUGGCACGUUGGGUAGAAGCUGAAGGGCUUGACAGCACUUCCCCUCCAAAAGUGGCUGAAAAAUAAAAAAAAAGUGCUUUUGAAAAGAAAA